AUAUUGGUUUUUAUAAAGUUUUAUGUAAGAGCUCCAUCGUGUAAGAUGAGAAUUACUGAGUAAAGUAGUCGGGUCAAUUAAUCAAGAAGCAGAAACUGAAUGGCUAUGGAAACUAAGUUUUAUCUUUACAGAUUGUACAACGUCUCUAGGCCUAUGUAUGCGAACAAGAGAUCCGGUUCAAGUUAGUGGGUUUCCCAAAAUUGGACGCUACUCAAGGUUGUGUAUCGCGCCAGUGCAAUAGUGUCUUCGACAUAAAUAAUAUCGCCAAACCCCGCGACACAAAGCCGUUUUUGGAAACUUUAGCUCUAUCUCAUAACGUUAUUGUUAUCGAAAAGAUAGUUAAUUGGUAUCUGUAAGUCUACUGAUCAGCAAUUCGGAUUAGUAGUUUAGGAGAAAUCGGACUACUGUAAACCAUAAUUUUAAUCCAUCGUACUGGUCUAUAAGCUUUACUUAUUCAUAGCUAGCAGGUGGUUGCAAUAGCGUUUCUCAAAAGCCGUUCAUAACUAUUCUUGGUUCAGCUUUCGAAGGCCAACUAGAGGGACCCGACCGGUUUCCAAAAAACUGCAAUAUUUGGAUGCUCAUUCCUUGUGACAUUGCACGUAGCUUUAAAUAUCCCGUCUGGCUUAAUAAAAAUGUUGACCGGGAGGGAAUCUACCUAUCCGAACACACUGGUAAGGACCCUAGUGUUCCUCAAUCAACCAACAAAGGGGAAACGUGCUAGUGUCUGCUUUUUCGCCUGUCCAGGGGAAAUGAUACUGAUUUUCCCCUCUUUGUCGCUUAGUUGUCUACCUUCCGCCUAAAUUGUCUACUUUUAAAACACCAUUAGCAUAACCCUAAAGGUCUCCUAUGUUCGCCUUUAUUCCCAUAACACAAUAGGUCUACUUAACCAUUCGUCAGUACUUAUAUAUUCCAGGUUACUCAGCUAUGUAUAAUACUAAUCAUACUCGCACUAGGCUUAAAGAUGCUAUGUAUUCUAAAAGGACGUGUACGUGGUAGGUUAAUUACAUGUCAGAGUCUACGCUCAUUUAUCUUACUGUCACUAAUCUACUGGUCGAAAGUAUGUAUUGAAUGACAAAUGUCAUCUUACCAUUUCCACUACAAAAUUAAAACUAGCGUUAAACGAUUCCCCACAAUAAUGUAUAAGCCUCAUUUAACUAUGGUAAGUUGGUGAGCAUUCUCAGGGUCGCUUGAACGCCGUUCAUAAAUCAUAGUCUCGUCUUAUGGAAUGCCACUUUAAAAUGCAGAAUACCUUCUAAACUGAACUGACCCUGAUUUGCAAAUCUGAGGAAAUCACUGAAAUGCGAUUGGUACGGUAGAGAACACUAUGCAUCAACAGGUAAAGUAGUCGUUACCAGAAAAAAUCUUGAGGCAGUUUUAUUAAGUACUUAGGCUUAGAAAAAAGAAAACCCUCAAAACACAACAUAAACUUUAUGUUAAGAGAAGAGGCAAGACUACAAGGCUGGAUCCAACAAAGCUCAAAUCCUUAAAAGACAGAAUUGUCCUCCGUCCACAAAACGUAACGAUGGUCAACGUGAAAUUAGAUGAGAACCGUAUACUCCCACUUGUAUCAGGGCAACUUUCCUAUUAUCAAACUUCCUUCAUAAGGUUACAACAAAGGCAGUUCUACUAUCCAUACAGCAUUAAAUAGAGGAAUAAACUCCUAAAAAUGUAGAGAUUUCUGUGAUAAAGCAAAUAAAACUAGUCAGCACAACAACUAUGACCUUCACUGCUACUAAUUUUAGAUCAAAAUACUGGUGGGUAAUUAAAACUUGAAUUACCUCCGAUAUGGUAAUCACUUUUAUUCUUAUAAAUCCUUUAUGCUAGUUGCACCAAUUGUCAACUCAUUUUGUGGACUAUAAGAGUUAAAUCAAACCUGUUUUUGACUAGUCAUACUUAGUUGCAAAUCACGACACGUAAAACGAUAAUAAUAUCUAAAGAAAUCAAAAUAACCAUUCAGUUGAGUAGUAACAAAUAACUUAUAUUUUAGAUGGCCGAACUAUUUUUAGACCCAUCUAUUCGAUCCUGGGUAUUCCUUCCUCUUGUAAUAAUUACUUUCCUCUUUGGGGUUUUACGUCACUACAUGACUAUCAUGUUCACCAGUGAGAAAAAGGGUGAACUUGAGAAUAUCGGUGAUAGGUAAAGCCUUGAGUUCAACUUUCUUUACCAUUCCAGUCAUGCCUUAGUCCGCAGUAGACUUUUACGUGAAAAUGGAAGAUUCUUGCCCGCAAAAGUAAGAUUUGGAAAUAGAUAGAUACUGUAGGCUUUUAAAAUGCGCAAGUAUUUCUUCAACGAUAAGGAGCAUGGGUUUUUUAAAACACAAAAGCGAGAAAGUCCAAUGAAUAAUCCAAUGGCUGACCCCUCAAUGGCAACUGAGAUGCUAAGAAGCAAUGCGCUCAAUAUGGUUCCAAUGAUUGUUAUUGGCAGCUGGAUCAACUGGGCUUUUUCAGGCUUCUUGACCACGAAAGUUCCAUUUCCACUCACUUAUCGAUUUAAGCCCAUGCUUCAAAGGGGCUGUGAGUCGCUUACUUCUCUGGAUGCAUCUUGGGUUAGCUCUGCAUCUUGGUAUUUUCUGAACAUAUUUGGCCUCAGAAGUAUGUAUGGUUUGGUACUUGGUUCGGACAACGCAGCUGAUAACUCGAUGAUCUUGCCAGAUCACCAAGUACCUACACCACAAGCUCCACAGGAUAUGCAAAAGGCAUUCAAGGCAGAAUGGGAAGCAUUGGAAGUAGUCGACCAUCAUUGGGCUUUAGCAGACUGUGAAACAAGAUUACUGAACAGAUUAUCUUGAUGCGUUUAAUUCUUCUUUAAAUGUCAAUAUACUCUGUUUUUCGAAAGUCUUUUUGGAA